AUGGACGAAAACAUGAAACAGCUGGCCCAGCUGCUGGCCAACUCUUUAGAUCACUCUCAAAACAAAGAAGCCGAAAGACAACUGAAGUCUGUAGAAACCACCCCAGGUUUCCCGUUAAUGCUCCUCCGAGCCGUCGCUACACCAGAGUUACCGAUUAAUGUUCGGCUUGCCGGUGCCCUCUUUUUCAAGAACCUCAUCAGAAGAAGCUGGACUGAUGAAGAAGGAAACCACAAGUUCGCGCCUAGCGAUGUUACAGCCAUUAAAUCGGAGCUCUUGGGGGUUAUGAUUCAAGUCCCGCCAAAUCUACAAGUCCAAAUCGGUGAAGCUAUUAGCGUCAUUGCAGACAGCGAUUUCUACAAGAAGUGGGAGACACUCGUUGAAGAGCUCGCAUCGAAGCUAGACCCAAACAACCCGUCCGUUACAAUUGGUGUCCUAAACGUGGCGCACUCUAUAUUCAAGCGAUGGAGACCGUUAUUCCGUUCCGACGAACUGUUCCUAGAGAUCCUACACGUCCUCAAACGGUUCGGAGAGCCAUACCUCAACCUGUUAAAGGCCACGGAUUCCUUGAUAGAAUCGAACAAAGCUGAUAAAGCAAAGCUGACAGAGCUGUAUAAAAUGCUGAAUCUGCUCAUUAAGAUAUUUUUUGAUCUUAGUUGUCAAGAUCUACCACAAAUCUUCGAAGAAAACCUAUCCCAUAUCCUGCAGCUCUUCCACAAAUAUCUAACAACCUCCAAUCCAUUGUUGGCGACUUCGGAUGAAGAAGAAUCCGGGCUAGAAGAAUACGUGAAGGCGGGAAUUUGUGAAAUUCUAGUCCUAUACAUGCAGAAAUACGAAGAUGUUUUUGGUCCACUCACAUCUGAUUUCGCAAGUGCGACUUGGACUCUUUUGACCACUACAGGACUAGAACCAAAAUACGAUAUCCUCGUCAGCAAAGCGCUGAAGUUCCUUACUUCUGUUGCCGGCAAUCAAAGACACAAGGAUGUUUUUAGCAAUGCUUUGGAUGAGGUUAUUCAAAAAAUCAUAAUCCCCAACAUGACGCUACGGACAUCGGACGAGGAGCUAUUCGAGGACGAUCCCAUUGAAUUCAUCAGGCGAGAUCUCGAAGGGUCUGAUAGCGACACCCGUCGAAGGGCAGCUAAUGAUUUCCUUCGACAGCUUAUGGAGCAGUCAGAACGGAUUGUCACUGAAACAACAAACAAAUACAUCCAAGAGUUCCUAGCGAAAGGUGACUGGAAAUCUAGGGACACAGCUCUCUACCUGUUUAACUCGAUCGCCAUCAAGGGUGUUGUCACACAGUACGGUGUCAAUUCGACAAAUCUUUUGGUCGAUAUCAUUGGCUUCUUCCAACAGUACAUCGUACCGGACCUGAGCAAGAGCGAUGUGCACCCAAUUCUCCGAGUAGAUGCUAUCAGAUUUAUCUACACUUUCCGAAGCCAGUUUACUAAGGAACAACUCAAUCAAAUCAUUCCAUUGCUUAUCACUCACUUGGGCUCAUCUGAAUACGUUGUCUUCACAUACGCUGCUAUAACUAUCGAAAGAAUCCUCUAUCUGCAAGUUGACAAGAAGCCAGUUUUUACGAAGGAAGAGAUAGGACCUGCAUCUGGCAGCUUACUAACCAAGCUACUGGGAUUGAUUACACGGGACGGCCGACCCGAGAAGAUUGCAGAGAACGAAUUCUUGAUGCGCUGUGUAAUGAGAAUCCUUAUCAUCAGCAGGGAAGAUGCAUCGUCUAGUGCCGAGGUCGUCCUCGACAACCUCAUCAAGAUUACCGUUGAGAUCAGCAAGAACCCCAGCAACCCCCGGUUUAACCACUAUCACUUCGAGGCCCUUGGCGCCUUGAUCCGCUUUGUGGGCCCAUUGAACCCGACUCAUUUCGAAAAUGCUCUUAGCAGUCCAUUCUUGGGGAUCCUACAAGCCGAAGUCGCGGAAUUCCUUCCCUACGUCUUCCAGCUCCUCGGAUUGCUCCUGGAAUGUAACCCCGGUACUCCACUUCCAGAACUUUACCAACGUCUCAUCUACCCCAUUCUUGCUGUCACUCUCUGGGAAACCCGUGGAAAUAUCCCGGCCCUAGUCAGACUUCUGAAUGCUAUCUGUGCACGUGAAAGCAAAUAUAUCCUCGAAAAUCAAAAGAUUGUUCCAAUCUUUGGUAUCUUCCAGAAACUUCUUUCAGUCAAGUCCACCGAAGCUUCCGCAUUCGAUCUCCUUGACGGCUUGGUCGCAAAUUUCCCGACUGACGCGCUAAACCCCUACGUCGGCCAGGUGUUCAACCUCAUCAUGAUCAGACUUACGGGUUCCCGAACCGGGGUCCUGACAUCGAGGUUUACAAAAUUCUUCUACGCUCUUGCUUCGCGCCCUGAGAGUGGCAUGGGUCCUGACUGGGCCAUCAAUGCCGUAGAUAGCGUCCAAGCAAAAGUCUUUGGAGAGUUAUACAAAGCAUUCAUUAUCCCCGAAACCCAAAAGUUGACAAAGUUCCUUGACCGAAAAACCGCGGUGGUCGGGCUUACAAAGAUCGUAACAUCCUCUAGGAUUGCAACUGUAGGUGGAGACUACUCGAAUAUGUGGUUAGGAAGUAUCGAUGCCCUGCUAAAGCUUUUGGAAGUCCCGCCUACCCCCGCUGAGGGUGGAAGUGGGUAUGACCAAGCUACUGAGGCGGAUCUGGAUGAUGUGUCGUUCAGUGUCAGUUUUGCAACCUUGAAUACGGCGAGGAAGCCUAUCACCGAUCCAUUCCCCGAGAUUGUGGAUGUGAGGAAGUGGGUCGGCGGGGAGGUUAAGAAGAGUCAGGCCUACCAACAGAGGAACUCGCAACUCGGACCUGAUGUUAAAGCAGUUUUGGAUAGUUAUGCUUGA